AAAAAAGGUGUGAACUACUUGUAAAAGGGCAACGGGCAGCAAGAGGAGUCAGUCAGUCUAUGCCAAGGAAAAUGGACUUGGAGGUCAGUGAACCCAUAGACUUUAGCUCUGGAGAUCAUCAACAUCUGGUUCGGAAAGCUUCAGAUUCUUAUCCUGGGGGCAAGACUUCUCGGUCCUACGGAACUGCACCUUCCACUGAGGGGCCACAACAAGCUCGUGGAAAUCCACACUCAAAGGCUGGUAAGCGAGCAGAUACCUACGUGGUGCAGAUUUCACCAGAGACGACGACAGACGACGUCAGCCCAGACCCAUUUUCAGAAACAGCUGUCCGCAGAGCUUUCAUCGUAAAAGUGUUCUUCCUCCUGUCCAUUCAGCUUCUGAUCACUGGGGCAAUCAUCAGCCUGUUUGUUUUCUGGGACGCUUUACGAUCUUGGGUGAUCAAGCAUCCCUGGUUCAAUUACUCACUCUUGCCAGCCUUUUUCGUUGUAUUUAUUAUACUUGCCUGCUGUGGGAAACUCCGCCGCCAGGUGCCUGCGAAUUACAUUCUCCUGGGAUUAUUUACAAUUCUUCAAGGUUUGCUGCUAGGAACCGUGUCAGUUUUCUAUAACGCCGAGGAAGUGUUAUGGGCAACAGGAGUGACUGCUCUGGUGACGCUAUCACUCAGUCUAUUUGCUCUUCAAACAAAAUGGGAUUUCAGUUUGCUAAAUGGAACGCUGUUUGUUUUACUCUUCGUACUUAUCAUCUAUGGAAUUCUCUUAAUUUUCAUUCGAUCAUAUUGGUUGCAUCUAUUGUAUGCUGGACUUGGAACUGUGCUCUUCUCACUAUACUUGGUGAUGGAUGUGCAGCUGAUGGUGGGAGGGCGCCAUCAUCAUUCUAACCUGGACCCUGAAGAGUAUGUUUUUGCUGCCCUGAACAUUUACAUGGACAUAAUCAACCUUUUCCUUUUUAUUUUGCAACUGAUUGGAAUGGGACGGUAGUCACAUGGGCAAGGCUGGCUCAUGCUGAAGAGAGGGAAGGAGGGACGGCUGUGAAGACUGCAGAGGUUACCACUCCAUAAGCCCCUCUAUUUUAUAAAAUAAUUUUAAAAAUACUUUUUUUCUUGUCAAAUGAAAGCAAGCAUUUGGUAGACGGUAGCUAUAGCUGUUAUAUAUAUAUAUAUAUUUAGUUCCACUGUUAUGUUACAAAACUUUCUGGUGGACAUUUUCUGAUUUUUAUAAAUUUAAAAGAUGAAUACAUAACUACAUACUUAAAAACAUUUGUAAGAUGCUCAUUACUUUGUUGAAGUUUUCCAGGUACUACUUAAAACUGUAAACAGUGUCCCUAUCUACAUGAAUAAAACUGAUUACAGAAACCUGUAUUUACUACAUCCUCUUCUCUUGAUGUGGAUAUGUGGUGGGAAUAUUUUGCCAUCUGACUUGAGAGUAAGGUGAACCAAAGAAUUCUGCCUUUCUCUUGGAUUCAAGUCAGACUGCAGAAGUAAAUUCUAUCUUGAGAGAUCUCUUUGCUUCUGUCUGAAACAAAUAUCUGUUUGCUCCCAGGCCAACCUCUGAGGGCUGAACUACUUCAGUGUCUGGCAGGAAGAUAAGCAGGGGCCAUUUCUAGCACGGAUGGAUUGUGCGGGGGAUAGGAUGGGGAAAUCAGAUGACAUCUUCUAGUCUCUCUAGAUUUAUCAUGGAGCUUUCUCUCUAGAUUUAACUGAACAUACAGAUCUCAGAUAGGACAUAUGGGCGUAAGUAACAAGCACUAUAGUCACAUACACCUACCUGAAUUUGAUU